AUGGAUUUCACUCGCAGAAGCUUCCGUAGAAGUAGUAGCUCCUCUAGCCAGACUGGUGGGUCAGUACUUAGGAAGGGGAGUAGGCAAAGUUUUUAUUCCCCCAGUGUCUAUGGUGGGGCUGGAGGUCAGGGUACCCGGAUUUCAAGCACCAGCUAUGUGGCCAACUAUGGAGGUGGUCUCAGUGGAGACUUCUUUGUUGGCAAUGAAAAAAUCACAAUGCAGAAUCUAAAUGAACGUCUGGCCAGCUACUUGGAAAGGGUGCGUUCUCUGGAGCAGGCCAACUCCCAGCUGGAAAUCCAGAUCAGGCAAUGGUAUGAGAAGAACUCUCCCACCUUAAGCCGGGACUAUAGUGCCUAUUUCAAAACAAUUGAAGAUCUCCAAAAUCAGAUUAAGGAUGCCCAGCUCGCCAAUGCCCGUUGUAUGCUGCAGCUUGAUAACUCUAAACUGGCUGCUGAGGAUUUCAAAGUGAAGUAUGAAACGGAGCUUGGAAUGAGAAUGACGGUGGAAGCCGAUCUGCAAAGACUGCAUAAAGUCUUUGAUGAUCUCACCCUACAGAAGACAGACUUAGAGAUACAAAUAGAAAGUCUGACUGAAGAACUGGCUUUCCUCAAAAAAGGCCACGAGGAGGACAUUGCUAACCUGCAAGGACAAUUGGGUAAAACUGUCAACGUGGAAGUGGAUGCUGCUCCCAGCCAUGACCUCGGAACCAUCAUGAAUGAAAUGAGGCAGAAAUACGAAAUCAUGGCAAACAAGAAUCUUCAGGAGGCCAAAGAACAGUUUGAGAAACGGACUGAAAGUCUGCAACAAGAGGUCCAAGUGAGCACCGACGAGAUAAAGACCAGUGAGGCCCAAGUGACUGAGCUGAGACGCACCUAUCAGAAUUUAGAGAUAGAGCUCCAGGCCCAUAACAGCAUGAAAGAGGCUUUAGAGCGCACCCUAGAAGAGACCAAAGCCCGUUACGGUUCUCAGCUGGCUCAGAUUCAGGCAUUAAUAAGCACUAUAGAGGCGCAGCUAAUGCAAGUCCGAUCCGACACAGAACGACAAAACGAGGAAUACAACGUCCUUCUGGACAUCAAGACCCGCCUGGAGAUGGAAAUUGCCACUUAUCGCCGCCUCCUGGAGGGAGAGGAUGUCAGACCUCAGAAUUUCCAGUUAGACACGAUAGAUGAAAAAGAAGUAAAGAAAACCAGGAAGAUUAAGACAGUUGUGGAAGAAGUAGUAGAUGGCAAAGUUGUGUCAUCUCAAGUCAGAGAAAUAGAAGAGAAUUUAUAA